AUGGCAUCGGCUGCAAACCUUGUCACCCGGCUCCUGUGGGCUUACUUACUGGAGCUUUGGAUAGGAGGGCACACGGCUGAUACCACUCACCCCCGCUUACGUCUGUCACAUAAAGAACUCUUGGACCUAAAUCGAACAUCAGUCUUUCAUAGCCCUUUUGGGUUUCUUGAUCUCCAUGCAAUGCUGCUGGAUGAGUAUCAGGAGAGACUCUUUGUGGGAGGCAAGGAUCUUGUGUAUUCUCUCAGCUUGGAACAAAUCGGCAGUGGCUAUCGAGAGAUACACUGGCCUAGUACAGCACUAAAAAUAGAAGAAUGCAUAAUGAAAGGAAAAGAUGAGAGUGAAUGUGCAAAUUAUGUUCGCGUUUUGCAUCACUAUAAUAGGACACACCUUCUGACCUGUGGUACUGGAGCUUUUGACCCACUUUGUGCCUUCAUCAGGGUUGGAUACCAUUUGGAAGGCCCCCUGUUUCAUCUGGAGCUGCACAGGUCCGAAAGAGGAAGGGGCAGAUGUCCUUCUGAUGCCAGCUCCUCCUUCACCUCCACCUUAGUUGGUAAUGAAUUGUUUGCUGGACUCUAUAGUGAUUACUGGGGCAGAGACGCUGCGAUCUUCCGGAGCAUGGGGCGACUGGCCCAUAUUCGCACCGAGCAUGACGACGAGCGCCUGUUGAAAGAACCAAAAUUUGUAGGUUCGUACAUGAUUCCUGACAAUGAAGACCGAGAUGACAACAAAGUGUAUUUCUUUUUUACCGAGAAGGCCCUGGAGGCCGAGAACAGCGCGCAGGCCAUUUACGCCCGAGUGGGGCGACUCUGUGUGAAUGAUGUGGGAGGCCAGAGGAUACUGGUGCAUAAGUGGAGCACUUUCCUAAAAGCCAGACUGGUCUGCUCAGUACCAGGCAUGAAUGGAAUUGACACCUAUUUUGAUGAAUUAGAGGAUAUUUUCUUGCUGCACACCAGAGAUCAUAAGAACCCAGUGAUAUUUGGACUCUUUAACACUACUAGUAAUAUAUUUAGAGGGCAUGCAAUAUGUGUCUAUCAUAUGUCUAGCAUCCGGGCAGCCUUUAAUGGACCAUAUGCACAUAAGGAAGGACCUGAAUACCACUGGUCACUCUAUGAAGGAAGAGUCCCUUAUCCAAGGCCUGGUUCCUGUGCCAGCAAAGUGAACGGCGGGAGAUACGGAACCACCAAAGACUAUCCCGAUGAUGCCAUCCGAUUUGCAAGAAGCCAUCCACUUAUGUACCAGCCCAUAAAACCUGCCCAUAAAAAACCAAUCCUGGUAAAAACAGAUGGAAGAUAUAAUCUGAAACAAAUAGCAGUAGAUCGAGUGGAAGCUGAGGAUGGCCAAUACGAUGUCUUGUUCAUUGGGACAGAUAAUGGAAUUGUACUGAAAGUAAUCACGAUUUAUAACCAAGAAACAGAAUCAAUGGAAGAAGUAAUUCUAGAAGAACUUCAGAUAUUCAAGGAUCCAGUUCCUAUUAUUUCUAUGGAGAUUUCUUCAAAGAGACAACAGCUGUAUGUUGGAUCUGCUUCUGCUGUGGCCCAAGUCCGAUUCCAUCAGUGUGACAUGUACGGAAGUGCUUGUGCUGAUUGCUGCCUGGCUCGCGACCCUUACUGUGCCUGGGAUGGCAUAGCCUGUUCCCGGUAUUACCCAACAGGCACCCAUGCAAAGAGGCGGUUCCGCAGACAAGAUGUUCGGCAUGGAAACGCCGCUCAGCAAUGCUUUGGACAGCAGUUUGUCGGGGAUGCUUUGGAUAAGACUGAAGAGCGACUGGCGUAUGGCAUAGAGAACAACAGUACUUUGCUGGAAUGUACCCCACGAUCUUUGCAAGCAAAAGUUAUCUGGUUUGUACAGAAAGGACGUGACACAAGAAAAGAGGAGGUGAAGACGGAUGACAGAGUGGUUAAGAUGGACCUCGGUUUACUCUUCCUCAGGGUACGCAAAACGGAUGCUGGGACCUAUUCUUGCCAGACAGUAGAGCACGGUUUUGUCCAUACCGUCCGUAAAAUUACCCUGGAGGUGGUGGAAGAGGAGAGAGUGGAGGAGAUGUUUCACAAAGACUUUGAAGAGGACGGGCCUCACAAGAUGCCCUGUCCUGCCCAGAGUAGCGUCCCACACGGGGCAAAACCCUGGUACAAGGAAUUUUUGCAGCUGAUUGGUUAUAGCAACUUCCAGAGGGUGGAGGAAUACUGUGAAAAGGUCUGGUGCACAGAUAAGAAGAGGAAAAAGCUCAAAAUGUCGCCUUCCAAGUGGAAAUAUGCCAACCCACAGGAAAAGAAGCUGCGUCCCAAAGCGGAGCACUACCGCCUGCCCAGGCACACACUGGACUCCUGAUGGGGCGAAACGGUCUACUGGCUUCUGGAGAAUUUCUGUCUGGAACUGAAAACAAAUAACGACAACGAAGAGAAACCAUUUGACUUCUUUGUACUGCUUAAAAGAG